AUGCCAGGCUCUGUGCUCGAGCAUAUACAAGACCAACUCGUUUUCCCCUCGCCACCAACGCCCAGCCAAACCAUGCAGCUCGAGAGCCUCGACGACGAGACUGUUAGCUGGUACUACUACCUGUCCGACAUAGCAGCCCGACACCUAAUCAACAAUAUCCUCAGAUUCAUAGCAAACACCAACGCAGAAGAGCCCCCAACCGAGCCCGAAGCGAGGUCCCUCCUGCAAAACCACAAGAUUUUCAGAUCGCAGCUGGAUGCCUGGCACCAGUCACUCCCACUGCAAAUCUCCUUUCCACCACCGACUUCCACCCUCGAGCCCGAGCCAGACCAAUGCAAGCGCAUUCUGCGAGCCAGGUACCUCGUGAUCCUCGAGCUCCUGUGCCGCCCAUUUGUGCGGAUCUGCCUCAACCACCGCCUCUCUUUACCGGACAGCCUAAUCGAUGAAAUCGCGUCGGUGGCCUCGUACGGUCUCCAGUGCUGUGUAUGGAGACUCCAGGCCGUGCGUACCGUGCCCAGACUCGAUCAUGGCGUGUGGAUCUGGGUGCGCAAUAGUACGGCUUGUUCCAUGAUUUUGCUUGGAGCUGCGCGGAGCUCACUGUAUCCUGAGCUCAAUGGGGCGGCGCGCCUCUGGCUCCCGGGCAACUGGCGAGACGAUGUUUUGGCGUUUUUGAGUGGGAUGGAGAUGUUCUCUCGCGAGCCCAGAGGCGGCGUGAUGCACUGCUACAGACUAAUCUCUUCGAGCCUCGAAGGAUUUCAGAAUAAAGACACGUAG